AAGUGCAUGAGCCAGGUGCGCUCGCAACCGGCUCCGUUCGAGGACUGUAUCGCCGGUCCGACCAACCAGCUGAACCAGGUGUCGCAGUUCCUGGACUCCUCCAACAUCUACGGCAGCAGCAAGGAGCAGGCGGACCGGCUUCGUGCCUUCACCGGUGGCCUCAUCAAGAGCAGCGACGGCAACCUCCUGCCGCAGGUUGGCGGCCGGUUCAUCUCGGGUGAGGGCCGCCUAAGCGAGAACCCUGGGCUGGCCUUCAUGCACACCAUCUGGACACGCGAGCACAACCGCGUGGCAGCGGUGCUGGCGAAGAACCACCGAGACUGGGACGACGAGCGGCUGUUCCAGGAGGCGCGCCGCAUUGUCAACGGCGAGUACCAGAACGUCGUCUACAACGAAUACCUGCCCACUGUACUUGGCUUCAAGUACACGCGUGAUCAUGGUCUCGACCCAGCGUUCGGUCACUCCUUUGGCUACACGGAUCAGGUGGACCCGAGCGUUACGUCCGAGUUUUCAACAGCCGCCUUCCGCUUCGGACAUUCACAGGUACAAGACUUGUUCAUCCUACGCAGCGAGACAGGCCGCAUCUUGAAGACCCUGGCCAUGGAGGACACGUUCUUCCGUCCCGACCUACUCACCGGACCGGGUGUUAUGGCGCAAUUCGCGCGCGCACUGACGCGCCAGAAGCCGCGCUCGGUCGACAACACCUUCUCCGCCUCUGUGCACGAGAAGCUGUUUGCUCAGGGCGCGCCAUCCGGGUUGGAUCUGAUCGCUCUCAACAUCAACCGCGGUCGAGACCACGGCCUGCCGACCUACGUCACGGCGCUGGAGAACUGUCUGGAGCGCUCGCUCGACGGCGAGUGGUCUUCCCUGGCGCCGUUCUUCGAUCCGAAGGUACUGCAGAGCCUGCAAUCGGUCUACGACAGCAUCUAUGACAUCGACCUUUUCAUCGGUGGUGUGGCCGAGAAGCGAAAGCCCGGUGCACUGGUCGGCGAGGUGUUCCAGUGCAUCAUCGGCGAGCAGUUCUUCGUCACCCGUUACGGGGACAGGUUCUUCCACGACAACGGCGACAUGCCCCACAGUCUGUCAUUCCGGCAAGUACGCGAGAUUCAGCAGUCAAGCUGGGCGCGUAUCCUCUGCGACAACAUCCAAGGCCUGCAGGCGGUACAGCCGUUAGCGCUGUGGCAACCCUCCGUCUUCUUUAACAGUUUGCGCGACUGCAAUUCGUUCGCCAUUCCCCGUGCCGAUCUCAGCGUGUUCUAGGCGUGCGCACAACCUCCCCCCCCCCCCCCCCCUCCCCACCACCACCAUCACCCAGCUCCAUCGCCGGGUGGGUGCUGUCGGCGCCCCGGGUUUUCGUCUUGCUGCGCGACGUUGUGAGCUAUGGCAAGUUCUCACAGCUUGGUGAAUGCCGCGAGAGCCGUGGAGGAAGAGGGGCUGACAGUAUGGGCGACUACUGACAGCUUAACGCUUGCGUUGCCUUCAACUUUAUAAGCACAUACCCGUCUGAUGAAUCUGCCAUCACUGCAGCUGACCGGUUUUAUCGAGGUCGCACCUUGUGACCCAUUGGUUACUUGUAUGUGAUGUAAUCGUGGAAAUUGUGUGACAUUCGUGACCAGGAGCUACCCAUAUCAACGACACCGUGGAUAACGCACUGUUCGGCUAGCGCUCCCGCUAGCUAGCGCUAGCGCUUGUGUGCUCCUUCAGGGAGACCGCCUCUACGCCAGUGAUUGGGUCGGGGAGCCGAUUCCGUAAGCUCUGUUAAUGAACGUGACGUAAUCGCUGCCAUAUCAGUGUGUCAAUUCAGGUGAUCCGCUGCUGUCAGUUUCACGGACCUUGCGCGCGUCUUGUGUGAACCAUGCUGCAUGGCGGGGGGUAGGAGUCGUUCAUAGUGGGGACGUAACCCUCCCUGGGCGACGAAGUUUGCGGUGGUUUUUGCUUAAGAGCGCAUCGUUUCGCAGAGCGCAGUUCCCGGCACACUGACUUGAAUGUUUUGGUGAGAUACAUGCGCUUUGACUAUGUCUGUGAGUGCAAUCAAGGGUGCACGCGAUCGUACGGCAUCAGUGGUAACUGGUGUCGGUUUGUAUUUUUUUGUGGGGGCCUUAGCCCCCCAAUGUUGAGUUGAGUCCUCCCAGUGUUGGCUUGGAUCCCUCAAUAUAUUUGACUGGACCGCUGCAAAAAACGUAGGUAAGGGAUGACCACAACAAAAAGACUACCUUAUUUAAUGUUUCUGCGUAGCGGCGUCUCGUACUACUCUCAUAACGUAAAGCCAUGGAUGUUCUCGCCGCCAGAUACAAAUCGUAACAGCUGAGUGGAAAAAUGAUGCAAUAAACUUCACAUACCCAGGGUCUAGACACGCGUUGGUUUGUAAGGUUAAAAUGAAAAGCUCUGGAAUGUGGGAUGUCCUAAUUCUUUCAUGGCUAACCCCGUCCUCG